UGCGCUGGGCCGUCAGCGCAGAUGAACAGGAAGCCCCAUACGUUGGUGUAUGGCGGUAAGUAGCACCUGAUAUCGAUUCAGGCAGCCUUUAAGUGUAACAGGGCAAACACAUAACGCAAAAACCAGGCAAGGUUGUUUGAAAACUUUUUUAAAACGUAAAUCGCUAUCGCCAUCGUCAGUUCCAUCGCUAGAACACGCAGACUCGGUACGUUUUUUUUGUCCGAACGCGAGUGCAAUCGGCCCAAUCCAAGUGCUGUACGCAAAUUGUUCACUGUGAAACUGUCGUUGGGUUACCGAACAAUGCGCUAGAUUUCUGUCAACUAAUUAAUUGGGACAUUUUCCAACAAUUUAUCAUUGCAACCUGAGUGAUGGACAUAGGUGACAAGCGAGUAGAUAUUGACGCUCUAUUGCGUUUGUUCACGUGCCCAGGCUGCGGGAAUCCUGCCAACAAGCCGCCGCUAUUCCAGUGCGUCAAAGGUCACGUAGCCUGUUCCAGCUGUUCCGUCAAUUGUCGAGGCUCCUGCCCAACCUGUCGCCAGCGAAUGACCACUGAACGAAAUUUCUGGAUGGAAGAGGCUUCUACUUGCAUUACAUUUCCUCUUCGAACAGCAGCAGCUGAUAGAAAUGGCAUGAAACACUGAAACAUUGGCCAUCUCAACUCGAACGACUCCCUUUUUUUUUCAUCAGCGUUGUAGCCUACGCCAACUAUUUCCAUAUUUUCGACGUCGACCAUACCCAGUGCAGUC